AUUUCUAUUUUAUUGCACGCGGUGAUUACACGUUAGAAACAAGUCAAUUAUGUUUUCUAUCCUCUCAAAGUAAAAUUAACGAAUGCAUCAAAUCUAUUUUUAACUCGAAUAUAACGGUGUUUUACGAGUGGAAAUUUACUAACGCGGUGUGGAAGGAUUAGGAAAGUUACUCAUUGCGAAAGGAUGCCGGUAAAACGCAAGCGUUUGCGCGCCUUGUAACCGACCCAAACCAAACACAAACACUUCAGUAGCGGUCCGCGCGGCGUGCGUUUGGCACGUUGUAUUUUCCAUCAAUAAACAUAAAGUGAGAAGUGUUUGCAAUCGCCACUCAAGCAAACUGCGCAAUCAGGCCAAGUAGCAAUGAAAGAUGCAAUCAAUUAUUUCAUCCCUAUUCUAAAGGACCCAAUGAACGACAUCACCGGUAGAUGCAUGACGAACAACGCUUUAGAGAGCGCAUACUGCGGCAGUUAUCACCCGAUGCCGGCGGCAAAGGUGAUUAAUCAGCCCGACAUGCCAAUGGAGACGAACAACAUGGGCAUGGAGAUUCAGUACAACAAUCUUAUCGAAAUCGACGAUUGUCAGGAGUCGCAGGCUACGCCGUUUGCAUACCAGUCUUCUCAGCCGCAACGGUUACAGCAGAAUAGAAAGCGGAACAAUUAUGAUUGCGACAUCGAUAGCAUUGCAAAUGUCAAGCGAUGCCGACGAGAAGACGCAGUUGCUAAGAGAACAUCGAGUAGCAAGUUACCAAAGCCGUCGGAGUGCGGUGACAAGCCAAAGUACCGAGAUGAUGUGACACAUGAAGAGAUGUUGUUGAUGUGUACGCAUGGUAGUUCUGCAUAUCAUUGGCAAGGGCAUGAAUUGUAAAGUAUGAAACGUUUACAAAGUUUAAAGAGUUUAAUGUCAUUGUUAGAGAUAGAUAUAAGUAAAUAGUAAUUAUUUAUUUGUAUAAUUAUUAACUUUGUGAAGUUUAUAAUUGCGGAUUGCUUAGUUUAUAAUAUAAGAUUUAAGUUUUGUUACCAUUAUAUAAAUAUAAAUAAAUAUAUUGAUGAGGAACAGAAUUAUAAAGAAA